AAACCCUCCUUAAACAACUUCUCCUCCGAUUGAUGAUGAAAAUGAUGAUGACAGCGCCGUAUGAAGACAUCGUGGCAUUUAUAGCUAAUCAUCUGAAAUGUCCGAUUUGUUUCGACAUGUUCACAGACCCGGUCACUUUAGCAUGCGGACACAGUUACUGUCUCCAGUGCAUUAAAGACCAUUUAAAGCGGAAUGUCAGGAAAAAAUGUCCUCAGUGUCGGGCUGAGCUCAGGGCAGACUGCAAACUCCGCAAAAAUGUCACCAUCAGCGCCAUUCUGGAGUUACAUGAAGUGGGGGGUCGGGAAAUGUGGGACAGGGUCCCGACCGGAAGCGAGGAAAAGUUCACUCAGGAUGCUUUACAGAGAAAACUGGACUUCUUGAAGCAGGAGAUGAAAAAGAUUGAAAUGCUGCAAGCAGAAUUUCAUUCUGUUGUUCAGAAUGGGAGCUGUUCCCUCAGAGACAAUAUCAGGACUUAUGAGUCAUCAUCUUCAUCAGUGGAGGUGUUGAGUUCCUCGCUGGACUGUGAAGGAGGAAGUCAGAGUGCCGAGAACAGCCCGAGUCCUCCGUCAGCUACUCAGACUGAUGAGGUUGUUAAGAACUCGGAGUCUGGUUCAGAGGAGAACAGAGCGAGUGUGUCUGAGGAUCCAGACUCUCUCAGAGGAUCUUCCAAAGGUGGAACGUCUGCAGCUGCAGCUCUUAGCGCUGAGUUCGUCUCGCUGUCCUUCUUACACCAGCUGGGUCAUCGGCGCUUGGCUUUCCUCGCUCAGAGACGGAGGAUGGAGGUGAGGUCGUGUCUGUCUCUGAGGACGCAGCGCUGCCGUUUCGAGGCGUGUCAGUGGAUGGCGGAGCAGGAGUUCACCGCAGGGAGGCACUAUUGGGAUACAGAGACGAGCGCGUGCAGUGGCUGGGCGGUCGGAGUGGCGUACGCCCACCUGGGACAAGAAGAGCGGCUCGGGAGGAGUAAAUCGUCCUGGUGUAUCGAGUGGAGCAGCGGCAGGUUCAGCGCCUGGCACGACGGCACAGAGACGCCGCUGAAACACACACACCCGAGCAGACUCAGAGUCCUGCUGGACAUGGACGCUGGACAUCUCUCCUUCUGGAGUGGAGCGGAUGGAGAAGAUGAGCUGUACGACGUCCGGGUGGAGUUCAGAGCCCCCGUUAGACCCGUGUUCUGGCUGUUUGGGACAAAACCAGGAAACGCCCUGUCCUUCCCCAGUCCCUGACUCUGGUCUCACUCUGUCUCGUUCUGAAAUCAUCCACACUGAGGAUGAAAAAGACACAAAAUAGCCUCAACUCUUUGCUGGUAGUUGUACUUUUUAAUGUAUAUUGUGUGUGGACCAUAUUAAAAUAUAUUAUUUAUCAAAUACAUGAUGAUUGUCAUGUAUGAAAAUGAUCACAAAUGUGUUUUUUUAAUGUACAAACUAUAAAUCAGACACUUACUUUUUUUAAAUGGAUUUUCUAAACA